UAAUAUCAUACUGAAAUAGUUAAAAUGAAAAGAUGAAAUUGCCCAAAUCCAAGACUACUGACGAUAUUUUAAAAAUCCAGAGACUAUGGAUUGGACAAGAUAAACCUAUAGUCCUAGACCAUUUUUAUAAUUCACUCUAAAUAUGUAUCAUAAAUUCAUAAUACAUUAUAUAAUGGGAUAAUGAAACGAUGACACAAUUAUAAUAGAAGAAUUUAAACAUCCGAUCAUCAAUGAGUGAAAUCUUGAAUAAGAUAUUAACAAAAUCAAUUUAGAAGCCAAAAAAAAUAAAUAAUUUAUCGAUAUAUGAAUGUCAAAAUCGAUUUAAUAAAAGUCUAAUAAUAUGUUAAAUUAACUUAAUUAGAUAUGAUGAUAUGUUUAUUAUAAACAAUGACGUAAUUAUAAUGCAUAAAUAAGUAUAAUAAACAUGUAGCAUGUUUCACGAUAUUAACUUAAUUAAGAUCCUCAUGCCGAAAUAUAUAUAUAAAUUAUUAAAAAGUGAUAUGGUAAAUCAUAUUUAAGUAAUUUGAUUCAUGAAAAUAUAAUUUUGUAUAAGGUAAAAUUAUGUUUGACUAAUUAAAACAUGAUAUGGUAAAUCAUGUUAGAUUAAUUUAAUCCAAUCAAGGAAAGAAAAUAUAUGAAAAUACAAUUUGGUAUAUGGUAAAGAAAAUAAAAUUUGGUAUAAAUCGAAUUUGAUACAUAUCUAUAUCACGGAAAGCGUAUAUUUAAGAGAGGUAGACACCAUAUAUUUCGAUCAUUCAAUUUCCAGAAGAUGUCGAAGAUCACGCUGCGCAGCUCCGACAACGAGGUGUUUGAUGUGGACGAGAAGGUGGCGCUGGAGUCGCAGACGAUCAAGUACUUGAUCGAGGAUAAUUGCACCGACAACGGCAUCCCUAUCCCCAACGUCACCGGAAAAAUCCUCUCCAAAGUCAUCGAGUACUGCAAGCGCCACGUCGAAGCCGCCGCCGCUGCCGACAUCAAGGACGAGGACAAGCUCGCCUCCGCCGCCGCCGCCACUGAGGAACUCAAGGCGUUCGACACCGAUUUCGUCAAAGUCGAUCAGGCCACGCUGUUCGACCUUAUCUUGGCUGCUAAUUACUUGAACAUCAAGAACCUUUUGGAUCUGACUUGCCAGACAGUUGCUGACAUGAUCAAGGGAAAAACUCCGGAGGAGAUCAGGAAGACAUUCAACAUCAAGAAUGAUUUCACACCGGAGGAGGAGGCAGAGGUCCGGCGAGAGAACCAGUGGGCUUUUGAAUAGAGCAAGUGCAUAUAGAUGCUUUAUCUAGGCUGUUUUUGGAUAUUUUUCUUGUUUCUUUAACUUUAUCUUUUGAAAGAUUGUUGGAUUUACUCAGAAUAUCAAUAUAUUAAAUUGCCCAAUUUUUGGAUUUAAA